GCUGUCGGGAAGGAGUGGGGAAUCGGGCGGGUUUAGUCUCUCGGGCUGGGCCGAGUCUGGCGCGGGACCGAGCGAGCGCUCCCCCGCCGUGAUCCCGUCCCGCCGCCUGUGAAGGGCCCUGGCGAGCUGCGUCUGCGGGCAGCAGCAGGACCCCGCCCGCCGGCUCUGAGGGGCUCCGCUUGGCGGGGGUGCGACUCGUUGGAGCUGGCGCCUCGGCGCGUUCGGGGCUGCCCAGAGCGCGCUGCCCGGCUCCAGCUCAGCGGCGCCGCUUUCGCGGCUGGAGCAGUGGUGUGUUGCUUGUAGUUGCUGGCGGGUUUGACGCUGCUGGUCAGUGAGGUCUGGGCCCCCUUUGUCCAGCCAUGAGGAGCAGGAGUAACUCCGGGGUGAGGCUGGAUGGCUAUGCCAGGCUGCUGCAGCAGACCAUCCUCUGCCACCAGGACCCGGUGACAGGAUUGCUCCCAGCCAGCUGUGAUCAUAAAGAUGCCUGGGUCCGGGAUAACGUCUACAGUGUGUUGUCCAUGUGGGGCCUGGGCUUGGCGUACCGCAAAAAUGCAGACCGUGAUGAGGACAAGGCAAAGGCAUACGAACUGGAGCAGAGUGUAGUGAAACUGAUGCGGGGAUUGCUGCAGUGCAUGAUGAGACAGGUGGAUAAGGUGGAGGCAUUCAAGUACAGCCAGAGCCCCAAGGACUGUUUCCAUGCCAAGUACAACACCCACACCUGUGCCACUGUAAUUGGAGAUGACCAGUGGGGUCACUUGCAGUUAGACGCCACAUCAAUUUACCUGCUCAUGUUGGCGCAAAUGACAGCCUCUGGGCUUCACAUUAUCUACAGUCUGGACGAAGUCAAUUUCAUACAGAACGUUGUGUUUUACAUCGAAGCAGCGUAUAAAACUGCAGACUUCGGGAUAUGGGAACGUGGAGACAAGACGAACCAAGGAAUCACGGAGCUGAACGUGAGCUCAAUCGGCAUGGCUAAGGCAGCCCUCGAAGCCCUGGAUGAACUUGAUCUCUUUGGUGCCAAAGGAGGCCCUCAGUCAGUGAUCCAUGUCCUGACGGACGAGGUGCAGCAUUGCCAGUCUAUUCUCCAUUCCAUGCUGCCAAGGGCUUCGACUUCCAAGGAGAUUGAUGCCAGCCUCCUCUCGGUCAUCUCAUACCCCGCCUUUGCUGUGGAGGACAGUGAGCUGGUGGAGAUAACAAAGCAAGAAAUCAUUACAAAGCUGCAGGGGCGUUAUGGCUGCUGCCGGUUUCUCAGAGAUGGGUACAGGACCCCUAGAGAGGACCCAAAUCGCCUCUAUUACGAGCCUGCUGAGCUGAAGCUCUUUGAGAACAUUGAGUGUGAGUGGCCUUUGUUCUGGACCUACUUCAUUAUCGACGGGAUCUUCAGCGGCAAUGUAGAGCAGGUCCAGGAGUACAGGGAGGCCCUUGAAGGCGUGCUCAUCAAGGGGAAGGAUGGAGUUCGCAUGGUACCGGAGCUGUACAGUGUCCCUCCCAAUAAGGUGGAUGAGGAGUAUAUGAAUCCCCACACUGUCGACCGGGUCCCUAUGGGCAAGCUGCCUCACAUGUGGGGCCAGUCUCUCUACAUUCUGGGGUGCCUGAUGGCAGAGGGAUUUCUGGCUCCAGGUGAAAUUGAUCCCCUGAAUCGCAGGUUUGCUACUGUCCCGAAGCCAGAUGUGGUAGUCCAAGUGUGCAUCCUAGCUGAGACAGACUGCAUCAAGGCCAUUCUGAAAAAGCAGGGCAUCGAGGUGGAGACAGUGGCUGACGUGUACCCCAUCAGAGUGCAGCCAGCCCGGAUCCUCAGCCACAUCUAUGCCAGACUGGGUCGCAACAAGCAAAUGAACCUGAGUGGACGACCCUUCCGUUAUAUGGGAGUCCUGGGCACAUCCAAGCUCUAUGACAUCAGAAAGAACAUCUUCACCUUUACACCCCAGUUCAUCGAUCAGCAGCAGUUCUAUUUGGCCUUGGACAACAAGAUGAUCGUGGAGAUGCUGCGGACAGACCUCUCCUACCUAUGCAGCUGCUGGAGGAUGACUGGACGGCCGACAAUCACCUUCCCCAUCUCGCAAACCAUGCUUGAUGAAACUGCAACCAGCAUCCACCCGACGGUGCUGGCAAUGCUGAGGAAGCUGAAGGAUGGGUAUUUUGGUGGGGCGAGGACCCAAACGGGUAAGUUGUCUGAGUUCCUGACAACUUCGUGUUGCACGCACCUCAGCUUCAUGGAUCCUGGUCCGGAGGGUAAGCUCUAUGCCGAUGAUUACGGGCUCAGCUUUGACAGCUACAGUGAGCUCGAUCCUGAGGAGUGGCUGCAUGGCUUUCAGUUAGCGAAUGAUGCUGACGUUUGUGACGAAGUGGCUCAGUAUUUAGAUCACCUUUUGGAGCACACAGCUCCCAAGGCCACCCAGAAGGGAGGGCUGCAUCGCUUCCGAGCCGCAGUGCACACCACUUGUGAUCUCAUGUCCCUGGUGUCCCAGGCCAAAGAGCUGCAAGUACAGAAUGUCAACAUGUACAUCCCGUCCAAGCUGUUCCAGGCCUCCCAGCCUUCAGUGCACUUGCUGGGUUCCACCCAUACACCCGAACAGCACAGCCAGAUUCCCUCGCUCCACACCAUGGUGAACCUCCCUCGAGACAAGGCUGGAAACGUGCACUGCAAGGCUCUGGUGGAUCAGCUGCGAGAGUGCCCCACCCUACAGGAGCAGGCUGACCUUCUCUACAUGCUCCACUCCCUCAAGGGGCUUGACUGGGACACAGAGAUCGAUGGCCAACCUGGUGCUACUGUCAAGGACCUCCUUACUGAGUUGUAUGUCAACGUGGGAGCUACCCGACAAUGGGCCCUGAUCCGCUACAUCUCCGGGAUCUUGAAAAAGAAGGUGGAAGCUCUUGAUGAGGCCUGCACUGACCUCCUGUCUCAUCAGAAGCACUUGACAGUGGGGCUGCCUCCAGAGCCUCGGGAGAAGACGAUCUCUGCCCCCGUCCCAUAUGAGGAGCUCACCCGCCUGAUUGACGAAGCCAGUGAGAAGAACAUGAGCGUCUCGAUCCUGACUCAGGAAAUCAUGGUCUACCUGGCCAUGUACAUACGUACCCAGCCCACCCUCUUCGCUGAGAUGUUCCGCCUGCGCAUUGGGCUUAUCAUCCAGGUGAUGGCAACGGAGCUGGCACAUUCCCUGCACUGCUCAGCUGAAGAAGCUACCGAGAGCUUGAUGAACCUCAGUCCUUCAGAUAUGAAGAAUCUUCUACACCACAUUCUCUCUGGCAAGGAGUUUGGAGUGGAGAAGAGCGUGCGUUCUGUUGAUUCAGCCCUAACCCCUGCUAUUUCCAUCCGUGAGGUUGGCGCCGUCGGAGCGACUAAAACGGAGCGAGCUGGGAUAGUGAAGUUGAAGAGUGAGAUCAAACAGCAACUGGAUAAACGUAGGCAGUCUCUGAGGGACAGUAAGUCUUGUGGCUUCCACUCUCUGGAGAUGGAUUCAGGAUCUCCUCUGAGUUCUGGAAACUCCUACUUGCCUGCUGGAGGAUCCUUUGCUAGCAUGCUGGAAGAGCAGGUCUCCAGAGAUGGCCGCCAUGGCCAGUGGCAGCGGAGAAGGCGGCUGGACGGAGCUCUCAACAGGGUCCCGGUGGGGUUCUACCAGAAGGUCUGGAAAAUCCUGCAGAAGUGCCAUGGCCUCUCUGUGGAGGGCUUUGUCCUUCCAGCCUCAACAACCAAAGAGAUGACUCCUGGGGAGAUCAAGUUUUCAGUCCAUGUGGAGUCAGUCUUAAACCGUGUCCCGCAGCCAGAAUACAGGCAGCUCCUGGUAGAAGCCAUCCUUGUCCUGACCAUGCUGGCAGAUGUGGAAAUACACAGCAUUGGGGGCAUCAUUGCAGUGGAAAAGAUUGUGCACAUAGCAAAUGACUUAUUCUGUGAAGAACAGAAAGCACUGGGCGCUGAUGACAACAUGCUGGAGAAGGAUCCUGCGACAGGCAUCUGUACCUUGCUAUAUGACAGUGCCCCUAGUGGCAGGUUUGGCACCAUGACCUACCUCUCCAGAGCAGUGGCAACGUAUGUGGAGGAGUUCCUCCCCAGCAGUGGCUGCACCAUGCAAUAGACCCAUCUGGGCUUGCAGCUGGAGUUUACAAACUGCCUUGGGUUACCUUUUAGGAAUCAGUGGCAGGCGUUAAGCUGGCUUGCUGGUAGACUGUCUCCAUGCCACGACAACUUGUUGAAUUCAGGGGUGGAACCUACCAUCUCCUAGCGUCACCCUGGGGAAAAAAACACCCUGCUUGCAAUAGCUGUUCUCAGCAGGGGGCGUGUCUCUCUGCUGACGCCAAGUGAUGUUUCAGGAGAGCAUGUUUGUGUGAUUAAACCAUGGCUGUGUUU